UCGUGCCUGGCUUGAGCCGGUACCCGGAACCAACAGAACAGAUCAAUUAGCAAAUCGGGGGUUUUUUGUGCGGCUGUGUGAGAUGGAUUCAGCGCAAGAAAAGGCAGACGCUCCGGAAUGCGUUGCGGAAAAUAAUACAUUCGGAAAGCACCGCAAAAAUGGCCGGAUUACAACGCUCAUGGACUCGAUUCGGGAAAAACAGAAUGCUCUAUUCGAAUCAUAUCACGACAUUGUGCUGCCACCUGUGAUAUGGAACACCCUGGCCACCUUGGAAGCUACAAUCACAGAUGGCUCGUUCGAAACUCUGCUGCAGUUGCUGAAGACACAGAUUGAAGUUGAAUCACAGAGAAAUCCCGAACAUGUCGUUUCCCCCAACACCAUCACUUCAUGUUCCACACGUGACCUACACAGAGUACAUCGACGACAUGACGCAGUUGAAAAGCUGCAAUCCAUCGAUGACCUGCGGAGGCUUGCAUCUUCCUACUCAAGAACAGCGGGAAAGGGCAGGGAAAUAUUGCUGCUAGACAUCAAGCAAAAAUUCGUGUGUCUGAUCAACAAGUAUUUUCCUCAGAAAGAGGCGAUUACGGAUGGAACACUCGCCGAUGAAUGUAAUCAAAGGGUGCAACAUUUGGUCGAGGAUGGCGAAAAAUCCCUCGGACGGUGGUGUAUCCGACCAGAUAUCGCGGAACUAGACGAGCUCGUCCGGAAACUGAACAGCUCGGACGAUUCGCAGACAAUUGCCCAGCCAAGGACUCCACUUCAGAAUGCUAAAACUCAUCAAUCGCUCACCAUCAUGCUGAAGAGCAUCGAUCGUUUUGAGCCCUUUUUGAAGGUUAUUUUGGAGAAGACGGGAGCAUUCAAUGAGCGGAUCCAGUGCGAUCUGGAUACGCCCUUGCACUACGCCGUUCGGAGUCAGAACGCAAGCUUCAUCGAGUGGCUGCUUGGGCAGAAAUCUCUGGACCUCAAUUGUCGCAACAAACAGAUGAAGACGGCACUGUUUCUCCUAUGCGAGCAGUACAAGGCCGUUAGACGGAAGGUUCGGGAUCCCAAAGAAAGGGUCGAUCAACUGAAGGAAUGCAGAAAGUACAUCAUACUGCUGUUGCAGAACGGAGCAGAUUUCAACAUUUGUAGCAGCAAGGCUCUUCUGCCGUACGAGCUGCUCACUCAAAAUGGAAAACCAAUUACUCUAUCGAUCGAUCAUAUGCAGUCAGAAGAGCAGGAGUUCCUUAUUCAGUGUGAGAAUGUAGUACAAACAAAGGGAGGUGGCCAAAUUUUGAAAAGACGCGAUGAUAAGUUUACGACUGAGGAUUUUAGAAGAAUGACAGUCGAGCUGUUGGAGAUCUUUUUACGAUUCAAAGACCUGAAUACGUUUGAAAAGGAAUUUCGAAAAUUUGAAGUUAAAGGUGACGACGAAAGCAAGGUGAUAACACUUCUGCUGCACACUGCAGUUGAAUUGAAUCUUCAGAAGUGUGUGGAUCUUAUUGUGGGUCGUUAUGAAAAAGUGAUCUUUGCUGCAGUCCAUGAUACGUUCCAUCUGAAAUACCGUGUGGAACUGAAAGGAUUGCUGCGAAAGGCUUGUGAGAGUUGUAAUCCUGCCAUACUAACGAAGCUUUUAUGCAAAAUGGAGAAAGAUAAACUGCUCAUCAAUGACGAAUGCAUACUGGUGUACGCGAUGAACCUGUGUACAAAUAUGUCCGAUGAAAGCGAUCGUAAAACAAAUCUUCUGAAGUGUGCCAAAUUGAUGGCUACGGAUCCGAGGAUCUUCCACACAAAAACAGACUGUUAUGGCAACACUGCUCUGCAAGUUGCACUCAAAUAUGGAUUCACAGAUAUUGCCAAAGCACUAAUUGUGGAUCACAAGUACAUGUUUUUGGGUGUUCAGAACAAGAAGGGCGAAACACCUCUGGACAAUGCAUCAUACGAAUUUUGCAAAGAGUAUUUUGAUCAGUGUGCAUCACAAAUUUACUCAGGGGAUAUUCUGAUCGACCUGGAUGGGAUCAACCCGUACAUAUUUAAAAAAUCACACGAUAAUUAUAAGGAAAUUCCCAGAGUGCGAACCCAGAAAGGGUCACAUAGCCGGAAUUUUCGGUCGGAAAUGGCGUGCCUCAAGAAAAUGGCCAUUUCAAAAAAUCACAAACAACUACUUCAUCAUCCGGUGAUCUACACUUUCAUCUUGGUUAAAUGGCUGCGAUUCAGCAUGUGGCAUUGUACUAACUUACUGCUAACUAUGGCAGCUACAGCCGCAUUUUCGUAUUUUUCAAUAACUCACAUUUGCCAUGACAGCUUUUCAAUGCCAUCCUACAUUGCCAGUUGGUUUGGAUUUACCUAUGUCCUGUGUCGAGAACUACUCCAGUGGAUAAUGUUUGGCAAUAAAUAUUUCCGACUAUUUCAAAAUUGGAUCGAUAUGGCCCACGUCCUCGGAAUGCUUAUCGUUUUGGGAUUCAAGGGUUGCUCAUUGAUCUCUUCAUUGGUGGUAAUCAUCUUUGCAAUUCAGAUUAUUCAGCUCAUCGGUUCGCUGCCGUUCAACAGCAUCUCCACCUACCGCUGCAUGUUCCGGGUAGUCGCGCUAAACUUUAUCAAAAGCAUUGCCCUCUUCUGUCCACUCAUACUGGCCUUUGCUUACAGCUUCUAUCUGUACUACAAUGACAAGUUGGUACCGGUCCAUAGCAAUGCCACUUUGAACCCAUUCGCAUCUGCCACUGCUACUGGAGUAAAAAUUUCGGUCAUGGCUUCCGGGGAGUUCGAGGCGUCUGCGAUGAACAUCAGCGGGAGUAUGUUUAUCAUUUUCCUGCUGUUCAUUUUUUGCAUACCCAUGGUCAUGCAGAAUCUGAUCAAUGGUCUCGCAGUCAGUGAUAUUUCUGAAAUACGGAAACAGUCCGAAUCGAUCAGCCUGUCGGAGAAAGUGCUGCUACUUGCUCGUUUCGAGUCUGGUUUAAAUCGGACCAUAAAUUAUAAACCCAUCAAAAGCAUUCUGUUUUACUUGCGCAGGCUCUCCCCUGGUCUGUUCUUCAGGAACUAUCAUCACAUCAUUAAAAUCGUAGUGAAUGAUGGAGCGAGAAUAAUGAUAGACUCCCGAUACUCACGGCACAGCUGUUAUGGUAAGCAAUCCUCUAACUGUUCGAAAUUAUCUUGCCUUGCACGACAAACCAAAUCGUGGAAAGGAAUGCAAAAUGGUGCCACCGACGCACCCAGCCAGACUGAUGUCGAGAUGGGAGCACUGCUCAAUAAUUGUACAGACAGCAUAUCAGUGCCAAAUUCACCUCUAAGGAAAAAGCAAAAAGCAUCGAAAAAUCCUUGGGAGUUCAUUCCCAGAAUUCCCGUGCUGGGGCUGUUCUCGCCCGUGGCCACGCUCGAUGAACCCGUACUGGAAGAGUUGCUGUCCAUUGUCAAGCGGAAAGCGAUCAGCAAUGCACGGAAGCCGAGAAUAGAAUCAUCAAAAGCCCAUCUCAAAACUGCUUCGUUCACCGAAAAGCUAGGUUAUAAUCAUCAUCAAACUGCAGGGGAAUGUUUCACUUGAGGUGGAGUUCUGAGAGAGUUUGUUUAAAACAUUGUCGCAAAACCCAGAUGGUUAUAUCCUGUACGACUGCUUGUGGAACUGAAUCACAAUCAAAAUUAUCUCUGCAUUUUUGUUUUUUUUUUAUUUUCUACCAGGCUAAUACAAGGCAAUUCUUUUCUCGGUGCUCUGCACUGAAGAUAGUUUUCGCAUAGUAUCUGUUAAGGAACGCACAUCAUAUUGUUCAAUUACAAAAUUAAU